AUGACAGACGAGUCAACUGAUAUCGGUACAAUAAAAACUUCCUGUGUAGUUGCAAGAUUUUAUGAUGAAUCUAGUGAAAUGAUAGAAAACGUUUUUUGGCAACUACACAAUGUUUAUGACACAGAUAAUCCUAGUUCAGCCAGUGCCGAACACCUUUAUAACGGUUUGAUUUCCACGCUUAAUGAGUAUGAAAUACCAUUAACCAAUAUAAUUGGUUUUGGUAGUGAUGGAUGUAACGUUAUGAUGGGCCAACAUAACUCUGUUGUUUCUCGACUGCGUGAGUCAUGUCCAGGCAUUUUUAUAAUGAAAUGUGUAUGCCAUUCGGCCCACUUAUGUGCAAGUGAAUUCCUGCCGAGCGAAUUUUCUAUGGAGGGAAGAACACUUGGAGUCACUCUAGGUUGCUUUUUGGGGAUGUUUCCUUUACUAUUAAAAAAAGAUGAAGAAUCUAAGGAUGAAAAAUCUGUUGAGGAAGAGGAUGAAAAAUAA